AUGGUUCAACGAUGGAGAGGCGCCAAUGUGGCUUUGUUAGCGUGUGGAUCCUUCAAUCCUCCUACCUUUAUGCAUUUGCGAAUGUUUGAGCGAGCUCGGGAUGUGCUUCAACAAGAAUAUAAAUGUCACGUACUGGAAGGUAUCUUGAGCCCAGUUGGAGACAGGUAUGGGAAAAGCGAACUGAUCAGUGCUCCACAUCGACUGCGAAUGUGCGAGUUGGCCGUGAAAGGGUCGGACUGGUUAAGAGCUGAUGGUUGGGAAUGUAGUCAAACAAAUUGGACACGAACCCGAGUGGUUCUUGAACAUCACCAUCAAGUGCUACAAGAUAAAUAUGGAACCGACGUGCGGAUGAUUCUAUUAUGCGGAGAAGAUUUUGUUGACUCAUUUGCGCGAAUACUAGAGUCUGGUACGCUUUUGAUUGUGGUUUAGAUGAUGAUAAGAUGUAUUAGGCUAUUUAUUUUAGAUAUUAAUAUGUAGUAAAAAGGAAUUUCAACCUUUUUAAUUGAGAUUUGCACGGAAUAGUUUAAUUUUGUUAAAGACAGUACUUUAGGGACUGUUAAGACUUGUUAAGGUAGCAUUUUUAGCGUUAUUAUAGGCGAUUUAACUCUUCAGUCUGUUUUAGUUUUUUUAUACUUACAAUAGUGGUAUGACUAUUUAAGAUGAGGUGGGGAGUUUAGCUAAUUUUGCUUAUAGUUGAUAAACCAGAGCUGAUUGUUGUAGGCGAAAACUUGUGGAAAUCGGAAGAUUUAUCGCACAUCUUUACCCAAUAUGGUGUGAUAUGUCUGCAACGGGUUGGAGGCGAUGCCAGGAAGACACUUCAGGGCUUGUCAGUCCCCAAGGACCACGUGGCUAAUGUGAUUCUCGUUCAAGACGAGACCUUCCCCAACAAUUUGAGCAGCACGCGUAUUAGGAAUGCCGUUCGUCAUGGACACUCGGUACGAUAUUGUACAGUAGACGAGGUGGUGGAGUACAUCAGCGAGUUCUCGCUCUACAAAUAG